GUCUAAUGAAGAUGAUAAAGGGUAUAAUGCCCUACAUUUUGGUACUAGCACCAGUGACUAUGUGACAUUUAGUUUUGAUAUGUCCCCCUUCCGCAACUCGUUCUCUACGUGCAUGUGGAUAAAGCGUAUCUACACCUCCUCCUACCCUACAGUAGUACAGUACUACAGCUCUGCUGGAUCUGAUCUUUAUAUGACAGCUAAUGGGUAUUACACUUAUGUAGUAAAUGAUGCUGGUCUGGAUAGCGCACGAAGUAAGUUUGUCACACCUGCUGGCCAAUGGUUUAGUCUCUGUCUGACCUGGUCUCUGUCUUCAAGAACAGGUAACCUGUAUCUGAAUGGUGAACUUAUAGGAACAGACCAGACAUCAUCAGGGAGGUCACUUACCACGGGCGGACAGUUGUGGUUUGGUAGACCCUCUAGCUCUUAUUCUACUAGUUCUGGUCGGGUCUUUGGUGGGGAGCUUUACCAGUAUAAUAUGUUUGCCGAGGUGUUGAGUGCUGCUACAAUAAAGAAGAUAGCUGAUGAUGGCUUGUGUUUUGACCUUGAUGAACUUUCUGAGACAAGAUUAUUACGAUGGGAGGACAUUCUGAAGAAGUCUAGGAGUGGAUCUGUGAAGGAUAGUGAUACAGGUUGUAAACAAACAUGGGAGACACAAGCGAGUCUGGCUGAUGCUAUUGGACGGCUGAAUGAAACAGAGACAGAGCUGAAUGAAACAGAGACAGAGCUGCGGAUGGUAAAGAAACAGCUCGAAACUCUCACCGGUCAGUUUGAAACUGUAACUGCACAGUUGAAUGGGACUGAGGAUAAACUUGAGACUGAAACUGGUCGCUUUAAUGCAUCACAAGCAGAACUGGACACAGUCAGAGGUCAUCUGGAAACUGCAACUGCUGAGCGGAACUCAACAGAAGAGCAACUACAGACAGUCAGACGGCAAUUUAAUAGAAGCGAGGAUCUCCUGGAAACCUGCUCUUCACAAUUGAACAAGACUGAAGACAAAUUGGAUACAACCUCUGCUCGAUUGAACUCUACGCAAGAGCAACUGGAGACGAUCAAAGGAGAGCUAAGAAGUACGCAGUCCCAGCUAGACGGUGCCCGGAAGUUUAAGAACAUCACUCGGUGGGAUGUGUUAUAUACAUCGCCGUACUACAACAAGAUAUUCACAGAGGAUCUCUUUGGACAGCUCACAACAAGCUGGGAAAUAUUGCGUAAUUUUGUUGGUGCGAAUAUAACGGAGGGGAUAGUCAACCACUUUCAACUUUACCACGAUGAGCGGUUUUGUGACGCCUUUGAUGAACUAUCCGCUGCCAUGCUCAAACAGUUUUACGGAGUUGAACUGACGUACGGUAUCAUUGAUCACCUCCGACAGCAUCUUGAGGAGUCAGCUUGUGACAACACCACUAAGAGUUAACUCACAAGAAAUCGCUCACAAGUGCGAAUUGUACAUCUGGGACUGUCAUUAUAUUAAAGUCACUAUUGUGACGGUACAUUAGAACUAGACAGAAACAAAGUGUGAAGGGCCUGAACGGAACCCCUCGGUUUCAGUUCCUUGUUUAACACUGCAGUACAGCAAGGACAUUCGCCGGGUUCUCCAAGGAUGGGCACAUAGCUCACUCCACACAAUGCUCUGUCAAAUGUCAAAUGUUGCCUAUAUACCAAGGAUCUACAGGAAAUAUUUCCUUGUAAGUUUUAGAGGGCGAUCUGUGAACCUCAUUCCCAACUAUAGGAACCAGAAUUUCUAUACUAUCUCAACAAGCUACACCAAGCAUAGAUUCAGAUAGUUCACGCCUAUUUUUUGUAGACUCAGUUUUUUCUAUUAUAUCUGGACAUUAUUUUUAUUAAUUGUUUGCAACUCAAAUUUUUGAUUACACCAGUAUAUCUCAAAGUCUUACGCCUUACGGUUGUCAAUUUUUUUAACGCUUCUUUU